AAUGCUGUGGAGUCCCGGGCGCUGGCGUCCAGAGGGGACAGGUCCGGUCGGUCCAGCAGCAUAUCGAGCGCGACGAACUCCAGUGGCCUCACGACGCGGACAUCCAACAACCCUCACGCAACAGAUCCCUUCCUAGCAAAGCCAUUCGCACUACGCCAUGGCCGACGAUAUUUACGAGACACGACAUUGCCAUAUCCCCUCCCCUGUGACCUGGCUGAGAUCCAUAGACAAACCCUCCGCACCAUGCUCCUAUGCCAGGUCUUCAAUGGACCUAUAUGCUCACCAGCGUUCAAGGAUAGCCCGCCGACACGCGUCCUGGAGGUUGCGUGUGGUGCUGGAUUCUGGAGCGUGAUGUGCCAUCGUUAUUUUACCCAACGGGGCUUCCCCCCCAUUUCCUUCACGGGUGUCGAUAUCGCGCCUCUCGCCCCGCGGAUGGAGGCGAACAGCGAUAUGAACUGGCGAUUUGUACAGCACGAUCUACGGCGGAUGCCGUUGCCUUUCCGGGACGAGGAGUUCGAUUUUGUCAUGGUCAAGGAUUUGAGUCUCGUCACGCCGGUGACAGGUUCACAGCAGCGGACGUAUGAUGAAUAUUUCCGGGUUUUGAAACCUGGAGGCACAAUGGAGAUUUGGGACGGGGAUCACCCUCUACGAAUGCUAUUACCACAUACACCACCAUCUACAAAAGAGGGCGGUGACAUUGAAUUUGAGGAGCAGUUGCAUACAAACGCGAUGGGUACAUAUACAUUGACAGCGCAAACACCACUGGCAGCAGCACAGAAUCAAUUUAUCCAGGACUAUAAUGGUUGGAUUGCCACGGCCUUGGAAGCUCGAAACCUAUCGCCUAUGCCGUGCACGCAGAUCCGACCGCUCCUCCUUCAAGAAUCCGAAGCCCUGACAGACAUCGGCAGUCGACGACUCGCAAUUCCGCUCGGUGAAGUACGAUGGGAGCGCGAAGGGGUCGGCGGAGUCAUAACACAAGGCUCGACAGGAAUUGGCCAUACCACCUCCUCCAAAGGCAAGGUCAAAGAGUCGGAACGCAAAGUCUUGACUGCAGGGCAAGCGGCUCUUCGGAGAACGGCACUCCUGACUUUUGUCCAGAUGAUCGAGCACCUAGAGCCCGUGUUAAAGGAGGUGAGCGGUAAGGGCCAGGACGAGUGGGACCGCUGGUAUGGGAAUAUGAUGACCGACCUGCUGAAGAACAACGGCACAUCGUGGGGAGAAUGUUUGGAGAUUUGCGCUGGGUGGGCCCGGAAGAAGGACCGCUCCCCCUAAACACCGCAUUGAGGUCGUGCGGAUUCUUUUAA